CAAGUCACGUCAACCUUGACCUUAAAAAAAGGUUAAAAUUUAAAAGUUGUCUCCCAUUGAAGCUUCCGGCGUCCAUAGAAGCGGUUCAUUACAAACAAUAAUUUGCCUAAAAGAAUAUGUCUUUUGUAAGAUUAAGAAAGACCAAUCCAUCUGGAGGUAUUCCCAGGAAAAAGAAAACCAUUAAAAAGCUGCCAGAAUGGGAUGAUAAUUUACAUGAUAUGAAUGAAUUCAAAGCUACUCCUGAAGAAAUUGCAAGACGAAAGGAAGUACAUAAGUCCAAGCAUGCUUUAGCUGCAAAACUUCAAAAACAAAGACAGAUGAAAGCAAGGAAAGCUGAUUUGAGCAUUUCUAAUACAGAAGCAAGGAAGCUGGCUAUAAUGAAAGAAGUUUUGUAUGACCAACAAGAGUUUCAGAGUGUUCUAGCCAAAUCAGAUAAAAUGAUGGCUGUUGUUAAAGACCUGUUUGGUGAUGCACCCAAUAGAAUGGCCGGUGUUCCAAAUGUAACUUCAGCACCUAAUGGUGAUGGAAAUCACAGGAAUAUAGUUGUCCCUCUCCAUGAGAUCAGAACCAAAUCAGACACUCUGAGUGAGUCAAUGGUAGACAGGUCAGCAUUGAAUGACCUAGAAACAGAUAGUGAUGAUGAGGAUGAAGAAGAUCCAAGCUUCUAUCAACCAAAAUUUAAUUUAGACAGAUUUCAACAAUUUUUGGCUAACGAAGAAAAGAAUCAUACCAUCAGCACAAUCAGUGGUCAAGCACAAAUGAGCCAUCUUGACCAAGGUCCAAUACAAAGUACACAGAUACAGCUAGACAGCAUGCAAAAUACUAGAGAUUUUGAGACGCCAAAGAAACAAGUGAAUGGUUCAAUUUUGAAGGCACCAAAUUCUGCUAUGAAUGACACAAACAAAAUAAAGAAGUCAAAGAAAAGAGUGGCACCUAGUCCACAGCAGCAACACAACACUACUUCUAACAUGAAUCUUACAGACCUUAGGAAGGUAUUGGAAGGUUUGGAAGAUGAAAUAGCAGAAUAUGAAAGAAGUACUGGAAGACGAGCCCCAGCAGAAAGACAUAGACAGGAGAACUUCUCUGGUUAUACAUUGUCUAUAGUAGACUCUGUUACAAAACUAUGUAGAUAUCUUAAGGAGAAUGAAUUACGACUGAAAGCUGAGACAACAGUUAGAGAACAGCUAACAGAAGAUGUUACACAGUUAGCACAGCUUAUUGAUGCUCUCACCUCUGAUAUUAUUCUUACACAAGAAGAGUAUGCAAAGUUGAAUAGUAAUUUCACCAGAUACAGGGAAGAAACACACAGUGAAAUACUUUAUCUUAAGACAGCUGUACAGAAUCUUAGUCGUCCUCCUUCACAGACUGUGCCCCUGAUGGAAGAUAUCACCCCACCAAGGCAUAAAUCUCCUCCUCAGAUCACAGAUGAAGUACCUUGGCUUGAAAAGGAGGUAAAUGGAAUACCAGAUUAUUUACAGGCAGAUUCUGCAGCUGUUCUAUUAUCACCCCCUGUCAGGAAAUCAAGAAUUCAAAGGGAACAGGAAAUGUUGGAACAAAUGGGAAGACAGUCUUCAUUAGUAGAUAUAGCAACUGCUGUACAGCAUGACUCACAACCUGAUAGUGGUUUACCUACACCGUAUUUCAACCAUCCUAAUGUACCAUCUUCACAUGUUCAAUCAUUUCAACACCAUACCGGUUCAUCACAAUCUGGUUACCAGCAGUCUGGUACUGGGCAUGUACCAGUUAAUAUACAUACAGGUUACCAUCAGGGUGGACAGGUACCAGCCACAUCACUCCAUCAAGUAUCACAAGUAUCAGUUCAAAAUGGCAUGUCCAUGCCUCAAAGCAGACCACAAGGUCAAACUCAAGUUCAAAUUCAAGGUCCAGCUAGAAUGGCUGCACCAAACAGGCCUUAUUCAGUGAGUACUGUUCAUCCAGCUGGUGCGAAUGCCCAUGUACGUGUUCCUCGACCAAGUCUUCUUGUUCAAAGUAAUGUGGGUGUUUCAUUACCAGGUGCUAGACAAGUAGCGCCAUCUGUACAAGGACAGUUACAGAGCCAACAGCAAAAUAACAAAACCCAGUUAGCAAAUCAAAUAUCAGAACUAAACAAACAACAUGAGGAAGCACAGAAACGACUACAGAGUCUAAUGCAGCAACAAUCCAAUCAGAUGGCAGGAAAUACAAAUGAUAACUACCCUAUUCAGCAUGGGUUGCCAGCAUACCCAGUCUCACCACCGAUAUCACCAAUAUCUCAGAAGUCUGAAGGAUAUCUUAGUCUCCAAGGCAUUGUCGAUCAGAGACUGCAAAAUGGUGAAGGACCCAAGCGAGGGAUAACUGUAUCAAUACCUACUGUUGACUUUGAAGAUUCUCCCCAAUAAAAUACUGUACUAGUCUGAGUGAUAUCAUAGUUACAUCUAGUGCUCUAUUGUCAUAUCUAUAUCUUAUAAAACUUUACUGUUAUAUGUACAACUGUUUUAAGUUGUAGAAAUUAUACUCCAUGCUAUGAAGUACCUACAUGUAGUUUUGUCAUUCAGACUUAGUAAUGGUCUAUCAUCUGUUUUCUGUAAGCAGUUGUUUGUCUUUUUAUUUCCUAGUUCCUUUUUAAGUAAGAGGGAAGAUUUGAAGGAUUGAUGUAUUAUUCACAGCAUUUUAUUUCUUUUAUGAGCAGACCCUUUUUACAGAAGAUUGUCUUUUUUAUUGUCUAAUUCGUUCUCAUCUUGAAAAUUAAUUAAAUAUUUUCCACUAGGCAUUGAUAAACUGCAAUCCAUCCAUCCAUUCACUUUUUGAAUUUAACUUAUAUCCCUAUAACAUACCAUGAUUUUUAAGUCCAGUAAUUUUUUCUUAAGAUAUAUCUCUUCAACACUUUGCAUUUAUGCAUGCUAAAAUAUAUAUAUAUAGAUCUGAACAUUUUUUGGAUCAUGUGCUCAAGGUGUAAAACUCAUAUUAAGUCAUUUGCAUAAAUUGGUUAAGUAUUCUGGAGGUUUAACAUGGCCACCAUAUUUGCGUUUCAUGAUCCUAUCACUAGGUAGAAGUAAGUUUAUUAUUCCAUGACAUUGGGGAAAAAAAGAUGCAUUUUAUUAAUAAUGUUGGUCUUCAGCAAAUGAUAAAUAAUGGCUGCCAUGUGCAUUUCAAAUAUAUAUGACAAAGUAUGUGACUGUAAGGUACAAAUAUUUAUAACUUGCAGGCGUAUUGAAUACAUUUUUUUGUUGUAGGGCCAGUUUUCAUUAGGGGGUUCCGAUCCCAGAUCCCGCUUACUGUUUUGUCAGAUUCCCGUAUCCCCCUUACACUAUGUACGUAAGCAAUUCUCGUAUUUUUGUCAUUUCCUGGGUCCCACUAGACCUCAUUUCCCAUUUCCACAACACCAUAAUUUGACUUUCACGCGUCAUUCUUAGACCCCAAUGAGACCCACUUUUAGCAGCUCAUGAAAUAUAGCUCACAGUCGAGUGAAAUUAAACUUUAAUAUUGUAGAUUCUGAAAAAGCAUUUAUAUGUGCCUUCUUACAUGUUUUAUAUCUUCAAAUGGGUACUUCAAUCACAAUUUUCCAUAAAUAUAUUUUGGUAAAAAUUAGAUUUAAUGAAUAAUUCGAUUUUUAAAAUGUUAUAAAAGUUCUGUUCCUUUGUGGUGAUUUCAAUCCAUUGACACAUGACGACACUGAAUAGUGUCAAGAUGGCAUUUUUUAUUUUUUUUUAAUAUUUUAUAUUGUUGUCCAAACUGUGAUAAUUUAUGUUAUAUAUUUACAAAUGUUUGUGUACAUAAUAAACUAGUAUACCAUAACAAUAAA